CUGUCAAAUUGACCUAGUGAAUCACCAAAUUAUUAUUGAUUGCGACAAAACAAAUAUAAAUUAAUGGUAUUUAAAGCCUUUAUUUAAUUAUUAAAACAGCAAACAUGGAUAGUUACUCCUAUCAAAAUGGGGCUCAAGUAAAGGAGCAAGACUUUCAAAAGCUUGCACAAACAAUAGGAACAAGUAUACAAAAAAUCACUCAAAAUGUUUCAUCCAUGAAACGUAUGGUAAAUCAAAUUGGAACUCACCAGGACUCACCUGACUUACGAAAGCAACUACAUUCCAUUCAACAUUACACCCAACAACUUGUUAAGGAUACCAAUGGGUGCAUUAAGGAACUUAAUAACAUACCAGCCUCUUUGUCUCAAUCUGAACAAAGGCAGAGGAAAAUGCAAAAAGAACGACUUCAAGAUGAAUUUACGUCAGCCUUAAAUAUGUUUCAAGCAGUGCAACGAAGUACAGCAUCAAAAGAAAAGGAGCAAGUUAAUAAAGUCAAGGCCCAGACAUAUGGAGAUCCUAUUAUUGGGAGUUAUAAAAAGGACCAAUCACUAAUUGAACUACAGGAUAGUGGUGCUAGACAACAAAUGCAAAUUCAGGAAGAAGCUGAUUUAAGGGCUUUACAAGAACAGGAACAAUCUAUAAGACAGUUGGAGAUUGAUAUAAACGAUGUAAAUCAAAUAUUCAAAGAAUUGGGUGCUUUGGUACAUGAGCAAGGAGAAGUGAUUGAUAGUAUUGAGGCAAGUGUGGAACACACAGAAAACUAUGUACGUCAAGGAGCCACUCAGUUACGAGAAGCAAGUACAUAUAAAAAUAAAAUAAGAAGAAAGAAACUUAUUUUGGCUGCAAUUGCUGCAUUUAUUUUAGCUGUGAUUAUUAUUAUUAUUGUUUGGCAAACAUCUUAAAAAUAUGUAUUUAUAUUUAAUGUUAAAUGUCCAAUGUUGGCAAUAUAAAAAGUUUCAUAUAAUAUA